UUCUUGAUGCUCCUAGCCUUAGUUUGAUGUCAAAUAAAUCCAUCUUUCAUGACUAAAAGUCAAGUUCGACCAUAAAGAAGCCACUUGUGCUUACAUUUUGACGUAGGCCAGGUUACAUAGCAUGUUGAAAGAUGGCAUGUCGAGAGAUAGUUGCUAUGCACAUAACACUGAAAGUGAGCGUAAGGACUGGGCACCGGUCAGAUUGAACGGCUGCACAUGAGGAGGAUUUUGCCUGUCUGGUUCGACCAUAUCGAGGAAAGUUCUUAUAAAGAAGUUCAGUUCAAAACAUUUUUCCCCUCUUUUGAAAUAAAUGUGGCAACCAAAAAUUAUUACCAUAAAUUACAAAGUCAGGUACUUAAUAAAAGCAGCUGCCAUAUUUAUUUCAGUUGCCCUCCCACUGAAAAUAGAAAUGUUAAUGAAACCCCUGAGUUUUGUCAGUCUAGUUUUGUUCACUUUGCUUUGUAUACCACUAGAAGACGCCAUGUUCAUGUAUGGAAAAGGGCAAGAUCGUCACCCAUUUUUGGUUUGCUUUAGCUGUCCUUAUUCUACUGCCACUCAAUCAAGGACAUCAAGAAAACCAACAUUAUAUGAGGUCCUUGAUGUAUCAGAAAAAGCCACUCUUGGAGAAAUCAGGGAUGCUUUUCUCACAAAAUCCAAAGAGUUACAUCCAGACAUGAAUCCACAUAAACCAGAACUCCAUGAAAGUUUUGUGCAGAUUAAUAAUGCCUAUAGUGUAUUAAGCAAUGCCACCCAACGACUUGAAUAUGAUUUAAAACUCAGAGAGAAACCCAUACAUGUAACUCAAUCCUCAGGAGGAAGUCCCUUUGGUUCAGUACCACAACACCGGUGAGAGGCCAUUAUGUUUUUAAACUAGUGCGAGGUCCUUUGAGGAAACAUUGGGUCUGCUUUAUAUAGUUUUUGUAGUUUCAGGGCUUGAAUACUAAACCUCUAUUUUCUGCUUGUCCUUUGGACAAGCAGCUCUCAAAUUUAGCUUUCCCUCGGGUAGUGUUAAUUUGCUUUUCUUGAUUUAGUUGGAAGAUGACUUACUUGGGCCCUUUCCUAUUGGGCAAGUGAGAAUUAAAAGUUACUUGCCUGGCAGGAAAUUCUACUUGUCCUACAUGUAGAUGACUGAAUACCACUUUUUUCAAGCCCUGAAUUUUGAAGGGUAAUAUUGAUCCCAAUUUGGUAAUUAGAAUUCACAGAAUUUCUAAUGGUCUGUUGAUAAAUUAUCAACCAUACAGUGGAAAUUUUUUUCCUCCCUCUGUUGGCUCUAAAGUGGUAUUACUGACAGGUAUCAUUUUCCCAUGGGGGUACUCUUAGAAAAUUUGGAUGGGGAUGUGAGGCCCACUUCCCAAAACCCUUACCCUAUUUAUGAUCAAAAUCUGUGAUUUUCCCUACCCUAUGUAUAUUUAUGACCUGAUGGUCCAAAAAUUUGAUACCUUAUUUAUGACAGCACCUGAUCCUUUAAUCGAAUUACCCUGUUUCAGACCUGCCAUAUAAUUAGUUAUUUAGUUCAGACUGUCAUUGAAGGCAUUGUGAAGGGCUUUUUUUUAAUGGUCUUAUCGAUAAUGAUGAAAAAGUAGCCUCU